AUGACUCCAACACUCGCUUUGUGUCUCCUUUUGGCUGUCGUUCCCGCAGCGCGCGCCUGUCUCUGCCAACUCAAACAGCUCCAGUUCCGCUGUUCGUCCGCCACAUGUUAUAACGAGAGAGUGGCCAACGAUUUCUGUCGCUCCGACUUCUGCGUCGAGGCGUCCAUCCGUUCGGACCGUCAAUACAGUGGACAACAACUGCACCACAACGUCACGUAUGCCACCUACCAGUUCCGUCCGGUGCGCGUCCUCCGCUUCACGCCCGCCUCGCUCCUCGCCAUCAAGACGUCCACCGUCUACACGCCCUCCGAGUCGGCGCAGUGCGGCGUUCAGCUCAAGAAGGGCUCCAUUUACUUCUUCUGUGGCCAAAUGUUGGGCCAAAAGGCGGUUCUCACGGCUUGUCAUUACGUGAAACGCACGGAAACCCUGAAUCUGGCCGAACGCUCGUUCUUCAUCUCGGGCUACAAGAAGACCAAUUGCCAGCCGUCGUCGCACGAGCCCUUCCGACUGCCCGCCUACAGCAACGCCACCUAUCAGAGACCGCCGACGCCGAAGCCGAAGCCUCCGAUCGCGAUCCACGCGUUGCCCACUUUGGCCUCUCCUAAGCCUAUAGUGGCCGGGAAUUUCAUUCCGACAGUCGUCCAGAAACCCGUCUCUCCUGUCACUCUCCCGACGCUUAAGCCGACGCCCAACGCGACGACAACGACGACGACGAAGGCCAGCACUACGAGCGCCACCACUGGAAAGCCCGACCCGCAGUCCGGCCCUCCCGGGCCUCCGGGUUCGCCGGCAAACGGCGACUACUUCUGCCUCCUGGUGCCGAUCAACGCGCUGUCUCUGAACCGCUUCCUCAAGUAUUUGACGUCGAAGGAGGGCUUUGCGGUGGACAGCAGCGGUCAAUACGUGCUCUACUGUCCGAAUCAAUUCUUCUGCAUUCCGCAGACCUCACAGUUGACGGCUCUGCAGAACAUAACGGCGCUCGAAGUGCUGUCUGUGGCCGACAAGAGCGCCGAAAUGGAGCGCCAAUUGGCCGCCAGUACCGAAGACUUCAAGGCAUUGAUGCCGAAACCGCUGCUCCCGAUGUGCAAAGACUUCAACGAAACCACUUUCAUCGUCGCCCCGUGGCUCGUGUCCGCGCUCUCCGUCCUUCAGCCGCCCGAAGACACGUCGGAAGUGCCGCCGCCCUGUUCCGACACUAACGUGGAGGUCGACUGCGACUUCAACGCCACCGUCACUCUCGCCGACGGAACGACAAUCACGGCGUCGCCCCUCCAGGAGCCGGCUCUUCCCACCACAAUCGCCACUCCCGACGGCACCGCCAUCGCCAUAACGGUGGGUCAGGCGUCGCGCGUGACCGCGGCCGACGGCACGGAAGCCGUGCUGGCGCUGGACGGCUCCUCGCGAACGCUUCUUCCCGACGGAACGGUUGUCGCGAUUAGCGUCGACCAGAAUGUGUCGCUCAACAUGAGUGACGGCGCGUCAGUCGUCUUCAACCAAAUGGGAAUGACUGUCACUCUUCCCGACGGAACUCGUGUCCAAACAUCGGAGUACGGAAUGGUUGUGACGACUCCUGAGGGCAAGAAUACGCUCAUCCCCGUCGACUCCAACGGCGCCGAAGUGCACUCUUCGGGCGGAUCGGAAGUCGUGGUGACGGAAGGCCUAAACGCCGAAAUCAGAGCCAAAACCGGAACUCAAGUGCUCAUCACUCCGACCGAUACGACGAUCGGCGGCCGAGACGGCGGCACCACUAAUAUAAUGCCGGACGGAACGGUGACUGUGACGGCGCCGGGAGGUCUGUCGCUCGUGUUCGCGGUGGACGCCUACGUGAACGUGACGACCAGCGACGGGACGGCCGCCUCUAUGGGACAGGACGACAGUCUGUAUGUCAUCAAUGAGAACGUCUGUAUUGUCGUCUUUCCGAACGGAAACGAAAUGAUUGUCACGAAAGACGAAAUCAUUUCUCUGGAAAGCGACGGAUCCGUGACUGUGACCGACUCUCUCGGCUCCAAUCCCGUCCUCCCGACCGACCAGAAGGGCGUUCCCUGUGAGGACUUCUCGUGUCUCGAGAGCAGACAAAUGCCUGAAUGGCGAUGA